AUGCCCCGUGUGCGGCUCGCUGUUCCGGGAGCCCAUCAUCCUGCCCUGCUCGCACAACGUCUGCCUGCCCUGCGCCCGCACCAUCGCCGUGCAAACCCCGGAGAGCGAGCAGCACCUGCCUGCCCUGUGGUGCUGAUCGGUUCCCUUCUCAUCCUCGCCGGGCUGUUUCGAAGCACGGCAGCCAUGGAAGAGGAGCUCAAAUGCCCCGUGUGCGGCUCGCUGUUCCGGGAGCCCAUCAUCCUGCCCUGCUCGCACAACGUCUGCCUGCCCUGCGCCCGCACCAUCGCCGUGCAAACCCCGGAGAGCGAGCAGCACCUGCCUGCCCUGCUGCACCCCCGGGGCCCGCCCCCGACCUGCGCCGAUCAUGAACUGGAGAACUACAGCAUGUACUGCGUGACCUGCCGGACGCCCGUUUGCUACCAGUGCCUGGAAGAAGGCAAGCACUCCAAGCACGACGUGAAGGCGUUGGGCGCCAUGUGGAAGCAGCACAAGGCUCAAUUGUCUCUGGCUUUGAAUGGUAUCUCAGAUAAAGCAAAAGAAGCAAAAGAAUUUCUGGUUCAGCUGAAAAAUAUUUUACAGCAGAUACAGGAAAACGGCUUGGAUUAUGAAGCUUGUCUAGUUGCUCAGUGCGAUGCUCUGGUUGACGCUUUGACUCGUCAGAAGGCAAAACUACUCACAAAAGUUACAAAGGAGCGGGAGCACAAACUAAAGGUUGUGUGGGACCAGAUAAAUCAUUGCACCCUGAAACUACGACAGUCAACAGGGCUGAUGGAAUAUUGUCUGGAAGUAAUCAAAGAAAAUGACCCUUCUGGGUUUUUGCAGAUUUCAGAUGCUUUGAUUAAACGUGUCCAAGUGUCUCAGGAGCAGUGGGUCAAAGGAGCUCUGGAACCAAAAGUAUCUGCUGAGUUUGACCUGACUUUGGACAGUGACCCCUUGCUGCAGUCGAUUCACCAGCUGGACUUCAUUCAGAUGAAAUGUAGGGUGCCACCAGUCCCUCUACUCCAGCUAGAGAAGUGCUGCACCCGAAACAACAGCGUGACCCUAGCCUGGAGGAUGCCACCUUUCAGCCACAACCCAGUGGAAGGUUACAUCCUAGAACUGGAUGACGGAGAUGGCGGCCAAUUCCGAGAAGUGUAUGUUGGUAAGGAGACUCUUUGCACUAUUGAUGGCCUUCAUUUCAACAGUACUUACAAUGCAAGAGUCAAAGCCUUUAAUUCAUCAGGAGUGGGCCCUUACAGCAAGACAGUUGUUCUACAAACGUCUGAUGUGGCUUGGUUUACAUUUGAUCCCUGUUCAGCCCAUAGGGACAUUGUCCUUUCGAAUGACAACCAGACAGCUACCUGCAGUAGCUACGAUGACCGUGUUGUUCUCGGCACAGCAGCUUUCUCAAAGGGAGUCCACUAUUGGGAACUGCAUGUAGAUCGUUAUGAUAACCAUCCAGAUCCAGCCUUUGGGAUUGCGAGAAUUAAUGUGGUCAAGGACAUGAUGCUCGGCAAGGAUGACAAGGCAUGGGCAAUGUACGUUGACAACAAUCGCAGUUGGUUCAUGCAUUGCAAUUCUCAUACAAAUCGGACAGAAGGAGGUGUUUGUAAAGGUGCAACUGUAGGUGUUCUUCUGGACCUCAACAAGCACACGCUGACCUUUUACAUAAAUGGCCAACAGCAGGGACCUCCAGCAUUUGAAAAUGUGGAGGGUGUCUUCAUGCCUGCAUUAAGCCUCAAUCGAAAUGUGCAGGUGACUCUGCACACAGGACUUGAGAUACCUCAGACUAUAAGACCACCAAAGCUGCCGAGCAAUUAAGCUCCGCUACUGAAAUCUGAGCUGGAUUUUGUAAUCUUUCUAUAUAACUUUUGGCCUGAGUCAAUUUAAAAAAAACAUUCAUAGUUUAGAUCAAAAUUAACAUUGGGUAUUUGAUUCGGGUAAUUCACUGGUUGUCAUUUCCAAAUCUACAUGCCUUUUACAUAUUUGCAUUCCUUCAAGCUGCUUAUGUCACAAAACCUGUGCAUUUUUACUAUAUCAUUGUGUGAAACCUGAUUGGUCUGUCCAUCUAAAGACAAUCAUAGAUCCGAUUUUUAAAAAGAUUUUUAAAAUCACAUUUUCCUUUUCAUAUAGUUCAUCAUUUCAUUUCAGACUAAAUUGCACAUACUAGAGAAGGUUAAUCAUAUUAAUCUCUACUGAUUGUAACAAUUGUGAAUCCCCCUUAGCCUCCUCUGGAUUAAAUUCAUUCUGGAUACUAUUGCUCCAUCCUGAACUCUGACUGGCAAUGCACCAAUGUGGAUGAUUGUGAGCCACAUAUUAUAUGGGCAGAUUUGUUUUGGGGAAUGUGGAUGUUAUAAGCACUCUCUCCCAGUGCGGAUGUUUUGAUUAAGGCAUUGUUUGGCUCCCUCUCAGCCCAAACAUUUGGGCAUGAUGGAACAAUAGUAGCAUGGAUUGUUAUCCUAUUGAAGUCAGUAGCAUAAUCCUGUUAUUGUCACGUAUUCCACUGUGAGCAAGGAUGAAAUGUUUAAAGCAAUAUAUGCUGUAGUCCUCAAACCACACAUCUCAGAGUGGUUCCAAUGGAGUACAGUAUUUAAUCCUAAAUAUCCACAGUGGUACAUCUGCAUGUCACAUCUGACUGAAGGUCAUACAUUGCUGUUUUCACUUAAUGAUUUGUAAAGUAACAGUAAAGGUUCCCCUGACAUUUAGCCCAGUCGUGUCCGACUCUAGGGCGCGGUCUCA